AUGUACUCAAUGAGCAACGCCUUCAAUUGUUUUGUCUGCUUUAUGGCGAUUGCAGUUGCUACUAAGACGGAAAGUACGUGUUCUCAGAUCAAACUAAUCGGACGUGAGCAGUGGGGUGCCAAAUUACCCAAAGACGUAGUGAGCAUGAAAACACCUGUUCGAUAUGUGUUUAUCCAUCACACGGCCAUGGGAGAAUGUUUUAAUCUCACCACAUGUAUAGAACAAGUCAAGGAAGUACAAGAUCUGCACAUGAUUUCGAGAAAAUGGUCGGACAUUGGUUACAACUUUUUGGUCGGAGAGGACGGACGAGUGUACGAGGCUCGCGGUUGGAAUCGAACUGGUGCUCACACCAAAUAUUAUAACCAAGUGGCGGUCGCAGUGUCUGUGAUGGGGAACUUUAUGAAACGGAUUCCCAACCAAAUUGCUUUGGAUGCUACGUCGAUUCGGUCUGAGCACUUUUACCACACGCUAAAGAAAAUUAAACAAAUAAAGUUCGUCAUUAACAAGCCUCUAUUAUUCUGA